AUGUCGAAACGAAACUGCAAGGAGGAUUUCGCAAAGUUCAAAGAAAGAAUCUCUAAAAAGAGAAGAAAAGAAGACACAACUUCCAAAUCGGAUAUGGACUAUAUUACAGUUCAAAGACUCUCCUCGCAUGUCGAAGGAAGGUAUCAAAAAUAUGCAAGGAUUGGGCCUUUAGCAAGCAUUCCUCUCGGUCGAGAACCCACAAUCCAGAAUAUUAAAGAGGCUUGCAAGCGCUACUUCAACGUGGAAGAUGGAUCUCACUGUGAUAUACUAGCUGGGGAGAGAGGACCAUCUUGGACAGAAACGAGUCAGCUAAAUAACUGGAAGGUAAUCCAUAUCCGUUUCAUUGAGGAGAGUGAUGAGUGCCAAUUGCGUGAUGAAAAGCUGGUAGAGAUCAGUUCCAGUCAACGGUGGAAAUCACAUGGGACCCCAAAGAAAACAACCCCUUCAAUGUCCACCAAAGUUGCAGCCUCUGUACCUCUGAGUGCUAUGCUUAAACUUGGCAAAAUAAUUCAACCUACUGAGGAAAUAGUUACAGUGCAGCUUGAAGAAUUCAAGAUAAAUGAAAAAGCAUGGGCUCAGCCGUUUGAAGCUACACUUUCUCUUUCCAAAGAAAAAUUUGCAAGUGGCGGCAUCAGAAAUGCAUACAUUGCCACCCCCCUGUCAGGCCUGAGUCCAGGAAAAUAUGUGUUAAAGAAGAUCAAAGAGGAAAAGGUUGAUGAAAUUGAGAAGCUGUUUAAGUCAAUUGAGGAGCACACAAGAAAAGCAGUGCAAAUGAAUGCACUAGUAAGAAACUUUGCUAUGACAUUAGCCAGUGAGGCCCCUGUUGAAUAUGGUUGUGUUCUAAGUUACACAAAGGUUUACUUUGGAAGGCUUUAUGGCGAGUUUGUAACAUUGGAAAACUAUCUAGAAGGAGAAUUCCAAAAGUAUGUGAACAAUACUGGGGAGGUUUAUGGAGAAAGUGAAGUAACCCAUAAGGCAGAAGCAUUCUGCCACUAUACUUAUGAAAGGUCAGAACACCAACUUAUGGUUGUAGACAUCCAGGGAGUAGAUCAUAAUCUUUUUGACCCAGAAGUUGCCAGUUCAACUCUUUUUUAUGCCAAUGACAAGACAAUAUUCUUUUGUUGUGGCAACCUUUCCACAGAUGCUAUUGAUAUGUUUAAGGCAGUACAUGUUUGCAACAAAUUUUGCCAUAUGCUUAAGCUUAAAGAAAUGUAG